GAUAGUGGCUCAAAAUUGAAAAGUCAGCUUGCUUUUCAUUUGUAUAGCAUGAGGCUCACUGUAUUUGUCAUACAAAUAGAUUGCCUUUCUGAUUCUUUUCUCGUUGAUGACAAGAACUUAUGCCUAGUUUGUUUAGACCUCCCAGAUCACUUGAUGCAUAAGAACCAAUUACAAGAACACACUCAGAAAUUAGGCUUACCGGCUCCAGUUUAUCAAAGUACCAACGAAGGAUUUCCUCAUGCACCAAAGUUCAGAUCAGCCGUGUUGGUUGAUGGGAAAGAGUAUGUGUCUAAGCAAAUGUACUCGCAUAAAAAGGAAGCCGAGCAGGAGGUGGCGAAAUAUGCAUUUGAUUGCAUAAUGAGAAGGAUAAAGGACGAAAGAUGCAAGCUUAUUCAUCAGGACACCGUCUUCUGCAAGUCUAUACUGCUUGAAUUUGCUACCAAGAUGAACUUGACUCCUCCCAUAUAUACAACUCCCCCGUCAGAAAAUCCGCAACCAGUUUUUGUCUCUUCAUUGGUUUUUGAUGGUAAAACCUAUACCGGUGAAGUGGCCAAAAGCAAAAAAGUGGCUGAGCAGCUGGCAGCGCGUUCUGCCAUUCAAUCACUUCUCGGAUCUGAUGCCAAAACUGUUGUAAGUGAUAUGAUAAAGGCGAAGAGAAAACUUCAUGACUCAUUGGAUAGAGAUGGCUCUUCUUCUCAACAGCGAACCGCUAACACUCUGCGGGAUCCAGCUGUUGGCUUCAACUCCGAAGGGAAAACUAAUUUACCUAGCUGUCUUGCGAAACGCAGACUUGAAUUAAUCAAGCAUGGGGAACAAAAGAGGGUGCGCAUUAUUCGCAAUUAG